GCCAUCGCCUUUGACAGAGAUCAGACAGAUAAACGAGCCGCUGCCCGCAAGCCAUGCAGACGCCCUUCACGAGCUUGGGCGAUGGCGAAGGCGGAGGAGAGGUGCCUCCAUGGCAGCCUCAGGGCCGUAGGUUCGAAGGACCCUGGCUGCAACAGCAGCUGGUUCUCUCCGCCAGCAUCGGACUCAUCUCAUUCCUCGUCUUCUCUCUCGUCCGCCGACGGUCGCCCGCCCUCUUUGCCCCUCGCACCAAGCUCAAGGGCUUCACACCACAUACAAAGGGCGUCGAUGAUGGCAUAUUCAGCUGGAUAGGCCCUACGCUGCGCACAGAAGAUGUCAAGAUCUUGCAUAUUGUCGGCCUUGACGCCGCCAUCAUCUUGAGCUUCUUCAAGAUGGCCUUUUGGAUCUUCUUCUUUCUCACUGUGUGGUCGUGUGCCGUCGUUAUGCCCGUCAACUACAGCAACCACGGCUCCAUAGACGGCGUCGCACCCUCGGAAGAACCCCGACGACUGCCCGACGAUGGUGGUGGCGACAAAGACGGCCACGACGGGCACGGAAAGGGAUUCAUGAGCUUUGGCCUUCCAACGAAUCCCGACGUCCCUUGGUCCUGGUCCUUUCCUACUUCGUCCCCCUACCACAUCACCCAUCUUGCUACAGUCUAUCUCUUCACGGCGAUCAUCUUGAGGGCUCUCUGGAAGGGAUCCCACAAAUUCAUUCGAUCCCGCCAGCUCUACGCUCUCGAGCUUCUUCAGAGCAUUCCGGCAAGGACCGUCGAGGUGCGCAAUCUGCCUCCUCAUUUGCAGCGGGAGCGUGACUUGGCCGAGUAUUUCGAGGGAUUUGGGCUAAAAGUCGAGAGCACCGCCGUCGUUCGCGAAACCGCAGGCCUCAAGGAGCUCCUUGCCAAACGUACCAAUACCCUCUACCAGCUCGAACGCACUUGGUGUCGCUGGCUUGGCAACCCCACCAAUGCGACCAACUACGAUCCUGAGAGGAUAAUGCGAGCAGUGGAGCAGAAGCAAGACUACAGUCUGGUCGCUCUUCACCGAGCCGCUGCCGCUGCUCCCUCGUCAGAUGUUGAGGCUGAGCCGCUGCUGAGUGGCACGGGGCGCGAUCAGGAAGACAACGACGACGAAGACGACGAUGGAACGAAGUCGAUCCGCGCGCCUCAAGGCCGACAGCGGCCCACCGUACGCCUACAGCCUUGGAACCCAUUUUCGACAAAAGUUGAUGCUAUCCACCUCCUCGAAACCCGCUUCAAGCUCUUGGAUCGCGAUGUGAAGAGGCUCCGUUCCAAGGGCGCUGUGCCCUCAUCCGUUGGUUUUGUUACUUUUGUCGAUGCCAUGAGCGCGCAAGUCGCUGCUCAGACUGUCCACUACCCUCUACCCCUUUACUGCGAAACCAAUCUGGCCCCGGAGCCACGCGACAUCAUCUGGAGCAACGUCUCGCUGACACCCAACGAGAGGCGGGUACGUCAAGUCCUGGUCUCGUCUUUCACCUUCGCACUCUUCGUUUUCUACAUCCCGCCGCUCGCUUUCAUUGCGUCUUUCCUCAGCCCAAGGACGAUAAAGAAGUAUCUGCCGGCGCUGUACGACCUGCUGAAGAGAGAUGACAGGUUGAUGGCCAUCGCAAGCACCUCGCUUCCAUCCAUUGUUGUCAUCAGCUUCAAUGCCGUCCUGCCGCUCAUUCUGGAGUGGACUGCCCACCUACAAGGGUUGAAGGCUCGCAGCCUCGUCGAAUUCAGCGUCCUUAAACGAUACCACAUCUUUCUCGUCACAUCGGUCAUCUUCGUCUUUCUUGUCACGCAGACUGCCCUGACCGUCUUAGCCGACCUUGCCAACAACCCCAUGAAGAUCAUCGACAAGCUCGCAGAGUCUUUGCCUGGCGCUCGCCACUUCAGCCUGUCAUAUGUUGUCUUUCAGGCGCUGGCCAUCUUGCCCCUUCAGCUGCUGCAGCUUCCAGUCGUCAUCGGCCGGGCUUUUGGAAGGCUUGUCUGGGCUCGCACUCCGCGAGAGCAUGCCGAGCUCAAUGCCCCGCCACAGCUUUAUGCUGGGAGCGUCUACCCCGCGGCCCUCAUUGUCUUCACCCUGUGCAUCGUCUACAGCAUCGUGUCGCCGCUCAUCACCGUCUUCGGCGCCAUCUACUUUGGUCUCGCCUACGUAGUCUACAAGCACAAGCUUCUCUUUGUCUUUUACAAGGCCUACGAAUCAAGGGGUCAGGCCUGGCCUCUGUCGACAAGCCGAUGCAUUUGGGCUCUCCUUCUCUUCCAGCUUUUUCAGCUGUCUCUCUUCUCUGUCCGCAAGCAGCUUCUUCUGUCGGCUCUAACUCUGCCGCUUCUCGCCUUUACUGCAUGGUUCGGCAGCUUCCUGGACAGUACCUUCAGACCUCUAUCCGAAUACGUCAACGUCUCGAGCAUUGCCGAGGUGGAUCGGGGCGCUUCGCUGGACGCCGACAGCAGCACCGCCAAAGACAAAAGCGGAAGAGCAGCAAGGAAAGAUAACCCCCUGCUGGUCUUGCGGGACGAUAGUACACGAUCUCUUGACCCUUCACAAACAAUUCUUUCUCGCAAGAGGUAUGCAGCCCAAGAUGAGACACUCUUUGUGGCACAGAGGGAUCGUCACACCAAUUACAGGGAACCCCCCAUGGGCGGCUACUUUUUCGGCACUCUCAACACUGGCAGGCGAAGAUAUGGCCAUCCAGCUAUCACGGGCAUGUUGCCCGAGCUUUGGCUACCCAUUCCAGUUGACGAAGAUGAGGAGAAGGAUACAGAAUCGCAGCCGCAGCAGCAGCAGCAGCAGCAGCAGCAGCGACGUGUCGCGACGACGUCCUCUGCGCCGAUGACGUCGACGACGACAACAGCAACGGCAACAGCUCACUUGUUUGGCGACGAGGCUCAACAUCAUGAACAGCCUCACGCAAACUCACCAUCAAGCCUUGCACCUUCUCCAUCAAGUCUAGUACUCAACGGAUCUCGUCUUCGCAAGACGUCGAGGCCUAACGAGGCACUCGUUAUCUCGUUGAGAAGGCGCAAGUCUUCGAUUCUUAAGCGAUCCACAGCCUCUUCCUCAAUUGGUGACGGCGCUGUGCCGUCGUCAUCCUCGUUGGCGCUCCGGGGAAAGACUCUGCCGAAAGGAGGAGCAGGUGCCUGGGACGAAGGGCCCCGAGGAACCCCGCACACGACCUCUCUUGGAGAGGCGCUUGCUGGGAGCGAGGCAAGUGAUCCAAUUCGAGCGUCGACGUCUACAUCGUUUGCCGUCUCAGCUCCGAAGGAAGUAGAUCAGCCCGACGCAUUGCAGGGAGCGGAAGCAGGGAGUCUCGAGCUUGAUGACGAAGAAGAGGAAGAAGAGGACGAAGGAGAAGAGGGAGUUUACAUGCAUCGCGCAGCUCGGGGUCAUUUUCCGGGCUCCUUUCCAGGCGGUCCUUCCUCCCUCCAGGACGAUGACGAUGACGUGUGACUGUUCAUUAACUGAGCACGCUGUACAGACACACAUGACAAGCAUCAUACUUUAUCUCUCGCUUGAAGUCUAUCAUUGUAGAAGUGAGUUACCGGUAAGUGUCCUUCGCUUGCGAUUUCUUCACAAUGUGAGAGUCCAACUAUGCGUGGUGUCUGCAACUUUCCAUCAAGGGAUCCUUUCCGCCCUCUCAGUGAAG